AUGACUACAAGGGGAAACAUAUGCCUUUCAGUAAGCCAUAAGGGUGGGAAAUUCGUAGUCAUGUCACAGGCUCUUGAUCGGGAAAUAACGAAUCUUCACUUGCAAGAUGAAACUAUCUAUCGCCACGUAACAGAGAAAGAAUUCCUUGUGCAGUGCAAACGCUUCAAUCAUGUAUGGAUGUCUAUGGGAAAAUCUGCUGGUCUUGACGAAGGAUUUGUAAGCCGCCUAAAGCUUGACAAACCGACCUGUCCUGUGUUCUAUAGCCUAUUCGAAACGCAUAAGCUAAAACCCGAUGAAAUGAUCUCAACAUCAGCGGCAGCAUUCAAAAUCCGACCAAUAAUAAGUUGUGUGGGAGGACCAACGGAUCGAAUUUCGUGGUUCUUAAUAAAAUCGUGA